AGCGUGAGAACGCCGAGCUCGUGGAGGGCACCCCAGAACCUUGGAAGGGGAAGCAAUAUGAUGGCCAGCAACGUUGAGAGUAGAACGUGGUAGAACGUUCAGGCUAUGGUGGCGCUCGAUAGAUCCCGACACCAUCGUAGUCGACUGAUAGUGGAUCCUAUGUAGGAUUUCGUGUCUGAUCUGUUGAUUUCAUAAAUCUGAGACUGAGAAUUCAAAAACCGAUAGUUUAGCCAUCAGACCAACGGAUUGUCAACGAAUUGGGUUUCCCACUUGCUUUAUCACUUUACUUAUAUGUUUGUGUAUACGAUAAUCAAUUUAAAUUUUACAUAAAAUCAAAUGGCGGGGCGAAAGCACACACGAAAAAAGGAUUUACGUCAAACCUAUCAGGAUGCAAACACUCAAACAAGUCCAAUGAAGUUUAUCUCGGAGAACGAUUAUUUGAAAAAAGAAAUUGAGUUACUGAAGUUACAGCUCAAGGCCUUGACACCUGAAGUACUAUCAAAUGAUAGUAAUCAGACUACUACUGGAUCCAGGAAAAAACAAGAGACCAUUGUUUUGGCUGUAGCAGACAGCCCUCAAACAUAUAAAAUUGUUGGUAAAGGUUGUAGCUGUAAGGGAUCAUGCUCAACAAAAGUUUGCGGUUGUGUAAAAAAACAAAUUUCAUGUGGAGAAUCCUGCAAAUGUAGUCAUUCCAAAUGUCAAAAUCAGGAACCAGACAAAGAGAACAUGGUUCAAAAUAAAAAACUACUUAACGAUGUGCAGCUGAAAUUCCCAAAUUUGACUGCAUUGGGACUUAUUGAUGAUCUUCCUCCAAAUACUGCCCCAGUUACUGCUGGCCCAUCUACUAAAUUAACUAAAAAACUUCAAAAAGCUGAACGAAGCAUUUUCAGUCCUGAUUCACCUGGAACAGAUCAACUUGGAGUUUCAUUUACUAAACUUCAAUUGAAGAAGCCCCUCAAAUUCACAAAAGUGAACAAAAAUCUAACUUAUUCUUCUGAUUCAUCUACAUCCUCGUCAGAUGAAGCAGAAGAUCUCAAGAUACAGCAAAAAAGAUAUGAACCUAGUGGAGCUCAACUGGAUUUGCCAGCCAAGAAAGUUGAACAGAGCAUCAAAAAGAUUAGCUCAAGUAACAAAGUUGAAGAAAAAAGAGAGAGAAAAGGCAAAAAUCCGCACACUUAUCCAUCUCGCCAUGACAUGCAUCAAACGAAAUUUCCUAACAGGAGUAAACCUGUCACUCAACAAGGAAAAUCAAAGAGGAAGGAUAUCAUACCUCCAGACUUGGAAGAAACAGCAAGUGAAUCUUUGGAAGAGCUGGAUGAUGAAGUACAUUUGGAUGAGUUUAAGCACUCAAUAAUUGAUCCCAUGAAGCCAACACGUCAACUAGCCCGCACACCCGUUAUGGCAUCACCUAGCAUUGGCCAAUCAAGAGUAUCCGUCGAGGUAUCCUUAGAAUCUAAUCCUGGAUCCAUAAUAGAUCCAUUGGCACUAGAUCAGAAGAUUAUAGCAGUGCAACAGAAAAAAGAUGAUGAGGCGCCACAGGUAAACUGGGAUGAGCAUUACGCUCGGCUUGUUCCUUGCCGACUUUGCAAUCGAACGUUUAAUCCGGAAAGACUUGCAAAACAUGAAGCUAGCUGCAAGCGAGUAUGAGUUGGAAUUCGUAGUUUGAUGCUGAUGAUGAUUAUGUGAAUAUAUUUUGGGUGAUCAGCUAAAAGGUAUACAUACUCAAUAAUGAUGGACAUGUCGCCGUUCUGAGAAAAAUGUUUGAUGUUGAAUUCGUCGGUUAGACUAAUGCUGUACUACAUAAUCAUUGAUUUUUUAUUUUUUCAUCGCAGUAAUUUUGUUAAGUUACACUAUGCACAUACAGAAAAAAUCUCCAACAAAAGUAUUUUUUCCACACAAAUCGAAAGUUGCCUCUUAUACUCAUUCACCAGCGUUCACGGUAUAUAUGAUCGACUGGUUCGAAUGAAUGCGUAAUUUUCUUUUUAGGCCAUGAAGUACCGUUGUUGUACCAUUAACCGAGUAUUAUAGAAAUUUUUAUGCAACACAUAAAUCACCUAUAUUUUAUUUAUUUCCAAUCCACAUGCACCGAGCAUCCCAAGUCCUUUAUUUUGUUAGUCGAUAAAAAUCAUAAAAAAUCCAAGACCACGGCCUCUGAU